AUGGCAAAGUUUUGGAGGGAUCAGAGGAAAGAAGAGAACAAAAUCAAAUGGGUCAAUUGGGAGCAUAUGUGCGAAGCUAAAUCAAAGGGUGGAAUGGGAUAUAAGGAUUUAAAGACUUUCAAUCUUACUAUCUUGGCCAAGCAGGGAUGGAAUCAAGCAAACUAUCAGAAAGAUGCAAAAGUUGGGAGCCUCAUUGAUACAAAUACUGGGUGGUGGAAUGUUGAACAAGUAAGGAGAGUUGUACCACCAAGGGAGGCAACUGAGAGAAGGACUAAUGGUGGGGAAUGCUCAAAUGUAGAGGGAAACAAAGUCAUAUGGAAGCAGCUAUGGAAAAUAAAUGGGAUUCCUACUAAGAAGAAUUUAAUGAACAAAAAGGUGCUAAUGGAAGAUCAAUGCUCUUUCUGCAAUGGGGACUCUGAAAAUGUUUCUCAUGCUUUAUUCUAUUGCCAUUUGAUUCGUCAAAGUUGGAAUAAACUGUUCCAUUAUUUGAUACAAGCAGAGGGGACUGAUAUGAUGAAUCUAGCUCUUAAAGUGCAUAGCAAUGGUAUUAUAGGUGACCUGGAGAGAUUCUUUCUCAAUGCUUGGGGCCUUUGGUAUAGAAGAAAUCAAAAUUUUUUUGAAGGAAAGACUCUUCAUCCAAAUCAAGUGGUGAAUCAGGCAUUAGCUUUAUAUAUGGAACAUAAUGAGGUUAAGAAGGGAUUAAAUCAAGCCAAAGGGUCCAUCUCUGGUUGGAUAUCACCUAAUGCAUGA